CAACAGAUGGGCGAAGUUGCUGUUUGCAAACAUACGUUUUUUUGGAACAUUCCCAUGGAGAUAUAUGGAGGUGGCCAUAAAAGUCAUUGACAAGAAGAGAGCUAAAAAGGACACUUACGUCACCAAGAACCUGCGGCGAGAGGGGCAGAUUCAGCAAAUGAUCCGCCACCCCAACAUCACCCAGCUCCUUGACAUCUUGGAGACAGAGAACAGCUAUUACCUGGUCAUGGAGCUGUGUCCCGGGGGCAACCUGAUGCACAAGAUCUAUGAGAAGAAGCGGCUGGAGGAGCCCGAAGCCCGCAGAUACAUCCGGCAGCUCAUCUCGGCCGUGGAGCACCUGCACCGGGCUGGGGUGGUGCACAGGGACUUGAAGAUAGAAAAUUUGCUACUAGAUGAAGACAAUAAUAUCAAGCUGAUUGACUUUGGUUUGAGCAACUGCGCGGGGAUCCUGGGCCACUCGGACCCGUUCAGCACGCAGUGUGGCAGCCCGGCCUAUGCCGCGCCCGAACUUCUCGCCAGGAAGAAAUAUGGCCCCAAAAUCGAUGUCUGGUCCAUAGGCGUGAACAUGUAUGCCAUGUUGACUGGCACCCUGCCUUUCACGGUGGAGCCUUUUAGCCUGAGGGCUUUGUACCAGAAGAUGGUGGACAAGGAAAUGAACCCCCUCCCCACCCAGCUUUCCACAGGCGCCAUCAACUUCCUGCGCUCUCUCCUGGAACCAGAUCCUGUGAAGAGGCCCAAUAUUCAGCAAGCACUGGCGAAUCGCUGGCUUAAUGAGAAUUACACGGGCAAAGUGCCAUGUAAUGUCACCUAUCCCAACAGGAUUUCCCUGGAGGACCUGAGCCCGAGUGUGGUGCUGCACAUGACGGAGAAGCUGGGCUACAAGAACAGCGAUGUGAUCAACACUGUGCUCUCCAACCGCGCCUGCCACAUCCUCGCCAUCUACUUCCUCUUAAACAAGAAACUCGAGCGCUAUUUGUCAGGGAAAUCUGACAUCCAGGACAGCAUUUGCUACAAGACCCAGCUCUACCAGAUAGAAAAGUGCAGGCCCACCAAGGAACCGUACGAGGCCUCCCUGGACACCUGGACAAAAGACCUUGAAUUCCAUGCUGUGCAGGAUGAAAAGCCCAAAGAACAAGAAAAAAGAGGAGAUUUUCUCCAUCGGCCGUUUUCCAAGAAGCUGGACAAGAACGUGCCCUCGCACAAACAGCCCUCUGCCUCCCUCAUCACGCAGAUUCAAAACACGAAAGCUCUGCUGAAGGACCGCAAGGCCCCCAAGUCCGGCUUCCCCGACAAAGAUUCCUUUGGCUGCCGCAAUAUUUUCCGCAAAACGUCAGACUCCAAUUGCGUGGCUUCUUCUUCCAUGGAGUUCAUCCCCGUCCCACCCCCCAGGACCCCCAGGAUUGUCAAGAGACCGGAGCCCCCUCAGCAGGGCCCCGGGGGCCCUGGCAUCCUCCCCAAGGAAGACCCCCUGGUGCUGGAUAUGGUACGCUCCUUCGAGUCCGUGGAUCGCGAGGACCACCCCGAACCGCUGUCCCCGUCUCAUCACUAUAGGAUUCUAGGCUCGCCCGGGGGCUUGGCCCGCGGGAAUCCCGGUGAGCGGACGCUCUCCCCGGCCCUGCUGCCCGGAAGCCUGUCCCCUCUGCAAACUCCUUUGCAUCCCACUCUGGUCUCCUUUGCUCAUGAAGAAAAGAACAGCCCCCCAAAGGAAGAGGGCAUGUGUGCCCCAUCUCCGGCUGCCGGGAACGGCACCGCGCAGCCGCUGGGGAGCCCGAACUGCGUGAAGAGCCGCGGCAGGUUCCCCAUGAUGGGCAUCGGACAGAUGCUGCGGAAGCGCCAGCAGAGCCUGCAGCCCUCUGCAGACAGACCCCUGGAGGCCAGCAUGCCCCCGCUGCAGCCCACGGCCCCCGUGAGCCUCUCCUUCGACGUGCCCGAUGGGGUCAAAGGCCAGUGCUAACCUGGGUCAGGGGCAGGAUGCUAGGUAUUUCUGAGCAAAGUAGCGGAAUAGAGCCCCCACGCGCAUCAGGGUGUGAAGAAUCGGCCUCAUGGGAGCCUCCUUCAGGGUCUCCUCUCCCCCUGCCGCGUCCCAGCUGUGAACCGCAGACACCCACAGACCCAACCCGGGCUUGCGGAGGGACCCCGAGAUGCUGGAAUGGACUCGGAGGGGUGGCUAGAGGUGCAGUCCCCACCAUUCGUGUCCUCCUUCCGCCCACCCGCCCAGCCACCCACCCUCUACCCGCCUCCCUCUGCUGGGCCGCUGGGGGCAUCAGCCUCUGGGCUACUCACCUCACAGCCUGUUCCGGGAUCUUUGCUCACUCGGUGUGCGCCUCUCACGACUGGGACUUCUCAGCAAGCGGCCAGUCACGUGGGGACUGGUGGUGUCACAGGGCGGUUCCCUUUCCUCUCGUAGACGUGAAUCCCUGCAGCCUGGGGAGCCGCUGACUCAACUGCCAGGCCCCGGGGGCCUCUGAGGAAGACGGGCCGCAGCCUCUGCCGGCGGCAGCACCCCCUCCAGUCGGAAAGGGCAGCCGGGCAAAGACGGAGCCAAACAGCAGGCACCCCAGUGAAAGGAAAGGGCCAAAGGGGACACACAUUUGCCAUCUUCUUUUUUGGUUGAAACUUGCUAAGCAUCGGCUUCUCUUUUCCAAAGAUGAUUUUUCUUUAGGUGAUGUCAAAUUGCAGUAACAUGAUUUUAAAAACCUGGGUUAGGGAGAUGAGAAGCGAUCCCACCAAACUCACGUUUUCAUGAGAGGCUAUGCAUGGAGGGCAUCGGCGCUCUCCCACAUGAUGUUUUCAGUGGCUGGUGGCCUCCCGUGGCCUGCAGGAGGACAUGAUCGCAGUGGGCGCUGUGUUCUUCCCGCCGUACCAACACAACCUGAUCCUUCUGGAAGGCAUGGGACAUAGUUACAGUUGGGUAUUGAGAAAGAGAGACGCUGUUAAGGUUGAAUGUGGAUGCAUUUGGAAAGCACCGUUCAUUACCUCUGCUCAGUGCAGUUUUCGAGCUGCCAAGAAACCAAGUGUGGUUUCGGUGGGACGAGUUCGCUGUAAGCUGUGCGUAGCUUCACGUGGCAGGAUCCUGUUCAGAACGCAGCACCACGUCUUCUCUGAGGACAGCAGCAUUCCUCAGACAUGCUUUGAGUCCACGUUCUGUGUUCACACCUUUUGCCAAGGCUUGAACCAAAGAUGCGUCUCUGGUUGUGUGUCCGUGCCAUCCCUGCGUGCGCGUUUUGUGGGUCUCCGUGUUGUCUGACCGUGUCCCGCAGGAGCCUGCUGGGGCCCAUCUCCACAUGGGGCCUGGGCCCUGGCGCUUGGUUGGGGCCGCGGUGUCAUGAGCAAAAGUGGAAAAGCAGAAGAGUCCGCACGGGUUGGAUAGCGGUUAGCUCAGGAGACGGUGGCUUGGGGUCUUCAGCUCUUGGCUGGUCAGGCAUGAGCAGAACCCACAGCUGAGGUCACCCCAGGGCUAGUCCGCUCAGCCCACGGAGUCGGAACCAGGCGACAGCCCUGGAGAAGUCCGAAGCCCACCUUCCUUUCCACUGGCAGCUAGCCCGUGCCAGAGAGCCGUGUGGUGGUUCUUCGUCUUUUCUCAUUUAGCCGUCGUGACCUCCUUCUGCUCGACACGUUUCCAGCUGAGCCAGGAAAGAGUGGGUAUUUGUCUGACUCUGGAAGCCACUGAGAUCUGCCCAGUCUUGGCUGACCUUGACAAGACCCUGGAGCCGCGGCCUCCCGCCUCGAUGGGAUCUUCCCGGCUCUAGGGCUUGUUAGGAAGGAGUCAGGCUCCUGGCUGUUGGUGUUAUUCCUCUGUAUGGCUCCAGACCGGGUUCCAGAACUUUCCAUUGAAAAUGGAGCUUUUUUAAGGGAAGAGGAGAAAAGCACCUGAAAAAGACCUCUCUCCAUUUGACAUGAAGUGUCUGACCAGCGAAGGAACCUUUUUUUGGACGUGGUUGCUGGCUGCAAGUGUCCCGCUCUUACAGGUUUGCAGGCUCUGUCCCUGUGCCUUGUGAACUUCUCUCCCUUUAUGUCUCGUUCUUGUACUGUACUUUCCUUGAGAACACAAGUGUUUCUCUGUAUCGCUGUUGCUCACUGGGACAUGUGUUCUGUUCCUCGAUCCAGGAGCAGCUGCAGACGUCAUACAACUGACUGACCGUGUCCCCAUUGGUAACUUGAACUGUGAACUCAGGUUUAUUCCAGACCCAGUGAGAGGUGAGGGGGGAGUGAAGAAAGGGGGGGCCAACUGUAUUUUUUGUAUGUGAGCACCUGACAAAUCUAUGAAACCGAGUGAAAGAAGAAAUGUUAAAUUCUUUAUUAUUUUAUUAUAUUUAUAUGGGAAACUUGACUGUCCCUUUGGUAAGUACAAAGUAUGUUGUCUGUGCGGCCCAUGACUGUCUCUCAUUAGUCUGUGCCCAUGACCUCGGUCAGCCUGUAGUGACUGACGGAAAUGACUGACCUAUCGCCGUGGGAAGUCCAGGAGGAAGAGUCAACUGUAAUUGUAUGGUUUGGUCGUAAGUAAGGACUGUAUUUAUGUCACCAUUAUUAAAUAUAUGUACUUUUAUAAUGACUGUGAAAUACACUUUUCCCUCACUCUGA